AUGCCAUCGGCCACUGGAAUUUCCGAUACAUCGGCUAGUGUUGGGAACCCAGUUUCUUGUGUUACAUCGGACUCUUUGGAUGCCAUAGAGAAUGCGCCAUGCUGCAGAUGGUGGCAGGUGAGGAUUGUCCUUUUGAACAGUUCCAAACAAGUGCAGGUCUCAAAUGUUGGGUUCGUUGACAAUGACGUGGAUGCGUUGGAGAUUGCUGGUAGUGUAACUUGGACUCCUCCAUCAGAUACUUCUCAAGUGACUGGCUAUCGUACCUACCUGUGCUCCGGCAGUCUUUGCAGCACGCGAGCACAGCUGGGUAGCCAUGUGUCUUUCUCCACUGUGACUAUAGCGCAGUCACAGACGCAUAUCGGUGUCUAUGCCAAGUUGCAAACUCAGUCAAGUCUUGAGGAGCAGUCCACUCCAGCGACGAUUGUUCUUGUGGACGAGCAGAUUUCAGCAGUGUCGAAGUUCAUCAAGCUGGCAGACCUCAGCGGCGUCUCCAAUACGGAGUAUGAUAUACCGCUGGACACGGAGACGAAUGGCUCGACACAUCUUUUGGUUUGCCUGGUCUCAGCUGGCGUGGAGCAGUCAAGCUGUGACCCGUACCUUUUCUAUGAUGUGACGGAGAGUGUCUCAGAUGUUGCUUUCACGGGCCAGGACUUGGACCUGAAUGAACUGGGUGGUAUCAUCACAUGGAGUCCUCCAGCAUGGGUGGUCUAUACCCAAAGGUAUUUGGUCUACCUGGCAGAGGAUGCUGUGGGAACAGCUCGAUCUCAGGUGGAGACCGCUGUGCCGGUCGGAACCAAUGAGCUGCAGCUAUCAGCCAACACACCUCGCCUCAACUUUACACACUUCCUGGUCUAUACCGAAACAAGCUGGCAGGAGCAAAGCACACCAGCUAGCUUGGCCUUCCAGGAUGCUGUUGCCGUUGCAACCAAUGUGGUGUUUGCAGAUAGUGACCUAGACCGCUAUGAGAUAGGAGGAGUGGUGACAUGGACCCCUCCGACGGACACAAGCCAGCUGCAGGGGUACUAUGUGUACUUGGCAGAAGACGCAACUGGCACAGGCCGCUCAUUGGUGGGCCAAGCAAACAGCGCUAGCUCUCAACUGACAGUGCCUGAUGGGACAGCUUUGGGCAGCUUCAGCUACUUGUUGGUUUACACCGCCAGCGCGCUGGCAGAAGCCUCUACGCCCAAAGCUGUUGCCUUCACCGCCCGGCAGCCCGUGCUGUAG